CGGUAUUCUGAGGUGGAUAAACCUCUCGGCAAAUUCCGUGCCAAACUCCGACACAUCAUUCUCAACUACACGACCAGCGUCAACGACGUCGACGGACACCCUCAAAUAAUCCCCAAUGACUGACUCAACUUUCAAACGUUUCGUAGAGGUUGGACGAGUGGUCCUUCUCAAGUCCGGCCCAUCUGCAGGCAAGAUCGCUGUCAUUGCUGAGAUCAUAGACCACAACCGGGCAAUUAUUGAUGGCCCAACCACCGGUGUACCACGCCAAUCAUUCCCCUACCGCCACCUCACCCUCACCCCUAUUUCUCUAACAAAACUUCCUCGCGGCGCAGGGUCUGGUGUCAUCCGGAAGCAAGCGGAAAAGGAAGGUGUCGUUGCUAAGUGGGAGUCCUCAACAUGGGCCAAGAAGCGUGCUGCCAUGGAGAAGAGACGGUCACUGAACGACUUUGAGCGUUUCAGCGUGAUGGUCACAAAGAAGCAGCGGAGAGAUGUCGUCAGGAAGACCCUGGCCAAGGCUGCAUAGAGGAUGUAUGGAUACAAAAUAUCAGACAUCUUGGUAGGAUGUCGCUUCGCUGCAUGAUCCACACUUCCCUCACAUCUGUUAUGCCUACCAUGAUAUAUGCAUGCACCAUGCCCGCGCUAUAUUGCUAAACAUUCGCCUCGAAGUAAGAUCUGUUAUUCUCAACUAGUCGGCUUCUCCUGGGUUUGA